CAUGGUUAAGUUAAAUUCUAACCAUGGUUAAUAAAGCAGUUUAUAAGGGCUCCUCCUCUACCAGUUCAGGGUGAAGACCAUGAGGUCCAUGACUGUGGCUAUAAGGUGAAAAAUCUUCUGGUGAUGAUGAUGAUCGGUGAUACCACGAAAUCGAAUCCCACCAUCCAAAUUCCGGCGUGGGAUUACCAUUUUCUUGAUGAUCCAAUGGCCCACAUUCAUUCCACCGGCCCUGAUGUUUCUUAUUAUGAGAGCGCUUUAUCGGCGCUGCAGAGGUUUUUACCAGGGAGAAAGGACGACGACGUUUUGCAAGGAGAAAAUGGUGGGUCUGAUGAUUUUGAUAUUCCGGUUGAUGCAUUUUCGUGUGAUGAUUUCAGGAUGUUUGAUUUCAAGGUGAAGAAAUGCACACGAGCCAGGUCACAUGACUGGACAGAGUGCCCAUUUGCACAUCCCGGUGAGAAGGCCCGCCGGAGGGAUCCCCGGAAGUACCAUUAUUCCGGCACUGCGUGCCCGGAUUUCAGGAAGGGUGUGUGUGGAAAGGGGGACUCUUGUGAGUAUGCGCAUGGUGUAUUUGAGUGCUGGCUUCACCCGGCUCGCUACCGUACGCAGCCAUGCAAGGAUGGGACCAACUGCCGCCGGCGGGUUUGUUUCUUUGCUCAUACCCCGGGACAGCUUCGGUUGCUUACUCCUGAAGGGUCUCCGCGUCAUCUCGGAUGUGAUUCGUCGGUUCGACUUGGACAGGACCCUUUUAUGAAUGCGGGUGUUUAUGGUCUGUACUCACCUCCGUCUUCUCCGACGACUGGGUCACCUCCGGUGUCGCCGAGUCGAAACUCGGUUUUUGGGCUGGUUGAGUCGAUGCGAGGACUGCAGAUUAACAAGGCUAGGAUGGGCAUGAGCCCAAGUCUGAGCAUGAGCCCACCUUCAUGGGGUCUCAAAAUGGGUUCCGUGUUCGGAUCUCCUCGUAGCCCAUCAACUCUCCGACCCUUAUUCACGAGCCUCCCUACAACUCCGAUCCGGGCCCCAACUCGUUCCGGACUCACCGCAUUCGACAUUUGGGAAACAUGUUCCGAAGAGGAGCCAGUGAUGGAGAGAGUCGAAUCCGGAAGAAAGCUGCGUGAGAAAAUCUAUGAAAAACUGAGCAAGGAAAACUCGCUGGACCGAGUGGAGUCGGGCAUCCCGGGUUCCUACUUCGGUUGGGUUUCUGAACUAUUGCAGUGAAUCGGGUUGGUGGAUGAUGUUUUGCCUUGGGUGAAUGCAUUACAUUUCGUUGCUGAAUGCUUAGAUUCCAUUGAAGUUGACUGACUGUUCUGUGAAUAUUAUGUUAAUUAAAUGAGAUGGAAGGGAAGGGAGAUUAAAGUGAUCAAUCUCUAUUUUGUUGUGCUUAUUUUGGGGACAAAAAUGUAAAUAUGAAAUCUAGGAAGGGUGCUUCUGGAUUCUGAUUUGCAAAAUCUCAAGUAAAUAUUUUCAUGUUCAAUUUGUAAUUUUAAGGUUGUUUUUCUAAUAAUCCAUAUCAUCUUAUAUCA